AUGCCUCCCCGCACCCGGAAACAGGCAACUCAGUCCACCGAUUCGAGCGAUUCUGCUCCUCAGCGACCUCGCCGGACGACAAGGAGCGUUAGUAGCAGUGCACCCAAAUAUCAGUCAGCCAGACCCACACGCACUCGUGCCCCUAGAAACAAAGGAAAUUUAGGCCGCGUAGAGGAGACCCCGAAUACAUCGAACUCUAUCAAUGCACCCGUUCAGCCAGGACAAUCCAACAGUGUGUCCUCUGUGGAACAACGCCCUUUCCAGUCUCUGGUUGUUUGCUCCCCGCACACACCCAACCAACAGCCUGACACUUCGGAAGAUCGUGUCGAAGACCUUCUCGACACCGCGAACGACAGUCUGCAGUCUCUGCUACCGAGCGGCGAUAUCCUUGCCCCCGUGAUUGAGCCUCCACUAUCGGCCUUCUCUCCCAAACACCCUGCGACAUUUGGCCUGCCCCCUUCAUCACCCCCAUCCCGAGUGCCUUCAUCCUCGACUGACUCAGGAAAGGAUGCCCUGCAAGCCAUGCUUCCUCCAUCCAAGCGUCUUGGUCUUGCUCGGCCAGUUCGUCGCCCCGGCAUGAUUCAUCAGCGAGGGCAAGUCCCUCGUCAGGUAGAGCCGGAACGUGACCCUUCGCUCUCCCCGUCCUCCGAUCCGUUCGGCUUCUUCGCUCUAGAGAGGCGGCUUCGAGCAUCAAGGACCGAAACCUUCCAUCGAAUCGAGGAACGGAUUCAGCAGGAAGCUGAUCUUAUGGCUGAUGAACCAAGUUCACAAUUCUCCGAUGGCGUACCGUUUGCUUCGCCCACGCGCCGGCGAAGACAAGAGGAGGAGAGCAUGGCCGAAGUUGAUGCUGUCCUUGCCAACGUCACGAAUAUGUUCGAGCCGGUCAACGAGAGUGAGCAGGAAGGUCAGAUGGAACAGGCUGCACCGGAUACGAAUGCUUCGAAGAAGGUCCGCAGAGUACGACCAAAGAGCGUGAAGGAGAAUAACCAUCUGGACCAUAUUCCGUACUUGCCGGAGCGAAAGCAACGAGCGAUUCGAAGCAAGGAUGGACAAGAAAAUAUAUCAAAUGGAUUCCAACGCAAAAGGACCACACACAAGGGGUCGAAAUCCACAAUCAAGAGUGGCAAGCAUGACACCACCCGCAAACGCCAGAAAGCAACUAAAGUUGUCGAUGAUGAAGUAGAUCAGGAAUCCAUCCGGGCUCGCCAGCAACGCCUGAAGCUGUUCAGUGAUGUGGACAGCUCAAGUAAUGAGUCCCGCGGUAUACCUCAGCUAUUGAUUAUCGAGUAUCGCCCUUCCGUCAUCAUGAGGGGUGAUAGACUCAGUUUGGCAAGGGAUUACCGUUCAUGA